CUGCAGGCGUUUCUGUCAACAUGGCGGGUACCCUGGGUCUCUUCUUUGCCGGACGUGUCCGCGCUGUCGUCGCUCCCUGCGGUUUCGCGACCCGAGGGGUGGCAGGCCCAGGCUCUAUCGGCCGCGAGCCGGACCCCGAUUCCGACUGGGAACCGGAGGAGCGGGAGCUGCAGGAGGUGGAGAGGUACCAGCUCCUUUCCGAACCCUCAGCCUGAAGGAGGGUCUCCCGCCCCGGCGAUCUAGGCCGCGUCUCCUUGGCGCCGGGCGUCCAGCCGUUGCGUUUGCAGCGGCCCUUGUUUCUUACUCUGACCAGAGACGCAGGGGCAAGUAUUCAGCUCCUUUGGGACCACGGGUCCCCUCACCAGUGACGUAUUUCAUCACCCGUUUAGAGAGUUCGGCUGGCCCAAGUUCUAGGUGUGCGAUUUCUGGGACGGUGAACAAAGAGGAGGGCUAGCACUCCGUGAUUUAGCCCGAGACUCUUCACCCACCCAGCCUCCUUCCACGCAUGGCUCCUGCCAUUGGUUCUCUUCUCCUGCACCCUGAAACGACAGAAAAAAGCUAUUCGGUUCCAGCAAAUUCGGAGGCAAAUGGAGGCGCCAGGUGCCCCACCCAGGACUCUGACGAUGGAGGCCUUGGAGCAGAUCCGGUACUUACAUAAAGAGUUUGCCGAGUCCUGGUCAGUCCCCAGGUUGGCGGAAGGCUUUGAUGUUAGCACCGAUGUGAUCAGAAGGGUUUUAAAGAGCAAGUUUGUUCCCACAUUGGAGCAGAAACUGAAGCAGGAUCAAAAAGUCCUUAAGAAAGCGGGACUUACCCCCUCGCUCCGCCAGCUUCCGGGCUCUGGGGACACCUGGAAACUGCUUCCCACGGGCCACUCUGUGUCGGGAGGUGAAGCCUCAUGCCAAGGCCAGGGUCCCAGCACAGCGCUGACGGUGACGGAACCGAAUACUCACAGCACGGACCCACUGAGGAGACAGAAGAGAAGGAAUAACGGGAUCCAGAGCCUGGAGGAGGAGAGCUUGGCGCCUGUGGCUGAACGUCAUUGGAGAGAGCCGCGGAAGUGUCCCACCAUGGACUGUGAGGGCGCCAGGGGGACCGACAGGGCUGGGUUGUCAAGUGCGAUCAGGCUGGAGGAGCUGAAGGCAGGAGAGCAGGGCGGCCAGAACUUCAGCAGCAAAGUGGUGCAGCGGGGGCGCGAGUUCUUUGACGGCAGUGGAAACUUCCUGUACAGAAUCUGAGCUGGAGCCCGACUUGCGGAGAUGCUGCGUCAAACCCAGCUGGGCCAGGGCAUCUGCGCUGCCUGGAUUCCUGUGUGUGGAUCAGCCACCCUGAAAUAAGAGGAGGUGAUGAGUCUGGAAAUGGAGGAAAGAGUUGCUUGGGUUUCCAGCUGACAAGAGGCAGUGGACUUCACAGGGCAGGUGUAUAUGGGGGCAGCGUGAAUGCCCGGCCGGGUACAGCCCAGCUUCCUGGAGCUUGGCUCCCCUGGUCUGACCCACACGGACAUUCACUACUCACCCAUCUUGCUUAGGUUCUCUCUUUCCAAACCAGCCCAUAUUGCAUGUGUUAGGGAUUUCAGUUGUACCUGCAAGAUAAUGUUUUGGAGGAAUUGAGAUGUUGGCCUUCUGACUUUGUUAUUUGUUGAUUAAUGAACACUAACAGUUCUGAAACUGUUUAGUCAAUUGGCUGUUUUCAUUAUGUGCAAAAUAAACUGAAACGUAGCAGUGUG